AUGACGACUGCGAAAAACGACACCCCAUCCCAUUCGCCCGCGGUCCUCUACCCCCGUUACUAUCACUCCUCCUCCUCGUCGCGUUCCCUCCCCGACCCCGUCACUAUCACUCCUCCUCGUCGCGUACCCUUCCCUUCCCCCGUCACUAUCACUCCUCCUCCUCGUCGCAUUCCCUUCCCUUCCCCCGUCACUAUCACUCCUCCUCCUCGUCGCGUUCCCUCCCCUUCCCCCGUCACUAUCACUCCUCCUCCUCGUCGCAUUCCGUUCCCUUCCCCCGUCACCAUCUCUCCUCCUCCUCGUCGCAUUCCCUCCCCUUCCCCCGUCACUAUCACUCCUCCUCCUCGUCGCAUUCCCUUCCCUUCCCCCGUCACUAUCACUCCUCCUCCUCGUCGCGUUCCCUUCCCUUCCCCCGUCACUAUCACUCCUCCUCCUCGUCGCGUUCCCUCCCCGACCCCGUCACUAUCACUCCUCCUCCACGUCGCGUUCCCUUCCCUUCCCCCGUCACUAUCACUCCUCCUCCUCGUCGCAUUCCCUCCCCUUUCCCCGUCACUAUCACUCCUCCUCCUCGUCGCGUUCCCUUCCCUUCCCCCGUCACUAUCACUCCUCCUCCUCGUCGCAUUCCCUUCCCUUCCCCCGUCACUAUCACUCCUCCUCCACGUCGCGUUCCCUUCCCUUCCCCCGUCACUAUCACUCCUCCUCCUCGUCGCAUUCCCUCCCCUUCCCCCGUCACUAUCACUCCUCCUCCUCGUCGCGUUCCCUCCCCUUCCCCCGUCACUAUCACUCCUCCUCCUCGUCGCAUUCCCUUCCCUUCCCCCGUCACUUUCACUCCUCCUCCUCGUCGCAUUCCCUUCCCUUCCCCCGUCACAAUCACUCCUCCUCCUCGUCGCAUUCCCUUCCCUGACAACCGUCAAUAUCACUCCUCCUCCUCGUCGCGUUCCCUUCCCUUCCCCCGUCACUAUCACUCCUCCUCCUCGUCGUGUUCCCUCCCCUUCCCCCGUCACUAUCACUCCUCCUCCUCGUCGCAUUCCCUUCCCUUCCCCCGUCACUAUCACUCCUCCUCGUCGCAUUCCCUUCCCUUCCCCCGUCACUAUCACUCCUCCUCCUCGUCGCAUUCCCUUCCCUGACAACCGUCAAUAUCACUCCUCCUCCUCGUCGCGUUCCCUUCCCUUCCCCCGUCACUAUCACUCCUCCUCCUCGUCGCAUUCCCUUCCCUUCCCCCGUCACCAUCACUCCUCCUCGUCGCGUACCCUUCCCUUCCCCCGUCACUAUCACUCCUCCUUGUCGCAUUCCCUUCCCUUCCCCCGUCUCUAUCACUCGUCCUCCUCGUCGCGUUCCCUUCCCUUCCCCCGUCACUAUCACUCCUCCUCCUCCUCGCGUUCCCUUCCCUUCCCCCUCGCUACCGUGCCCGUCCCCUCCCCCCAACCACGCCCUGCCCGUCCCCUUCCCCCGUCACUAUCACUCCUCCUCCUCCUCGCGUUCCCUUCCCUUCCCCCUCGCUACCGUGCCCGCGCCCUCUCCUUCCCCAUCGGGUGCACGCCCCUUCCCCGUCGCCAUCUCUCACUUCCCCCUCGUUAG